AUGAAGUACAUUUUUUCAGGGGCUUUAUUCAUCGAGGUGUCUCUGGGGUGGGACCUGUACGUCUCCACCGUUGUGCUGUUAGCUGUCACUGCACUCUACACUAUAGCUGGUGGGCUGACAGCAGUAAUCUACACUGAUGCCUUACAGACCGUCAUCAUGGUAAUAGGAGCAUUUGUCCUCAUGUUCAUAGCAUUCGACAAAGUUGGCUGGUAUGAGGGUUUGCUGGUUCAGUAUGAGAGAGCUGUACCUGCUAUCACGGUUCCCAACACCACUUGUCAUCUUCCUCGGUCUGAUGCCUUUCAUAUCUUCAGAGAUCCAGUGACAGGAGACCUUCCUUGGCCAGGCCUGAUUUUUGGACUCACUGUUCUGGCCACAUGGGUGUGGUGCACAGACCAGGUGAUAGUGCAAAGGUCUCUCUCUGCCAAAAACCUGUCUCAUGCCAAAGGUGGUUCGGUACUCGGUGGCUACCUCAAGGUCUUCCCUAUGUUCUUCAUAGUUAUGCCAGGAAUGAUCAGCAGAGCUCUCUACCCAAAUGAAGUAGGAUGUGUGGAUCCUGAGGAGUGUAUGAAGAUCUGUGGGGCCAGUGUGGGCUGCUCUAACAUUGCCUACCCAAAGUUAGUUAUGGAGCUCAUGCCAGUGGGGUUGAGAGGUCUGAUGAUUGCUGUAAUGAUGGCAGCACUCAUGUCCUCUCUCACCUCUAUAUUCAACAGUAGCAGCACUCUGUUCACCAUGGACAUAUGGCAACGGAUCCGACCACGGGCCUCUGAGAGAGAGCUCAUGGUAGUGGGCAGGCUGUUCAUUUUAUUGCUAGUGGCCCUGAGCAUUGUAUGGAUUCCAAUCAUUCAAACAGCCAAUAGUGGACAACUGUUUGACUACAUUCAGGCCAUUACUAGCUACCUGGCACCUCCCAUCACCACAGUGUUCAUUAUGGCCAUCUUCUGGGGGCGAGUAAAUGAGCAGGGUGCUUUUUGGGGUCUGAUGGUGGGACUAGUGGUGGGCACUGUGAGGAUGGUAAUGGAAUUUGUGUACAGCACCCCAUCAUGUGGAGAAGAAGACCUGCGUCCUGCCCUGCUGAAAGAUGUGCACUACCUGUAUUUUGCUCUCAUCCUGCUUGCACUGACAGCUCUGAUCAUCACUGCUGUCAGCCUCUGCACUGCCCCAAUUGCAGAGCAACAUCUCAUUCGUUUGACCUGGUGGACAAGACACAGUAAGGAGGAGCGUGUAGAGCUGGAAGACCCCUGGGCUAGAGGAUCUGAUCCCAGCACUACAGAGUCAGAGGGGUCAGAUGAGGAUACGCCUGCAUGGUGGAAGCGUGCUGGAAUGUGGCUGUGUGGUCUCUCCCAUGCGGCUAAACAAGAGAUGAGUGAGGAGGAACGGCAGGCUCUGGAAAGGAAACUCACCAGUAUUGAAGAAGACCACACCUGGAAGAUUGUCUGCAAUGUUAAUGCCCUCAUUUUACUCACUGCCAGUGUUUUUCUCUGGGGGUAUUUUGCGUGAAUGUACUAUAAAGUUCUGAAUGGCACUUUUUUUUGUAAGAAACUCGCCAGUACUGAUGAAAAACACAUCUGGUUGUCUGCACUUACAUGCUCUCAUUUUAUUUACUGUAAAUGUCUUUUUUCCCCGCUUAAUAAAUAACAAUUAUG